AUGUCCAAUAACCCCGGCGUCGGUGGCAGCGGCUGGAGCACCAGCGUCGGCACUACUGCCACUACCCCUAGCGGGCGUACCCGACGACCUCAUGCGCAUCGAAUGGAACGCCUAGGUGUGGAUUUUACCCUCUCAACCACUACCCCAGCCACAAAAAUUGAAUCUGAGGCCGUAAGCCCCUCACGUACUGAGGCUCAAUCCUUCAGUCGAAUGCCCAGUCAACGUCGGCGACGUCUAUGGACAUUGGCAGCUAGAGCUGCUGCAAGACGGGAGCAUCCCUCUCAGGAUAAGGAAGCUCUCUCUUCUGGCAGUUUGGUGUCAAAACACCUCGGUGAGUCAUCCACUCAGAGCUCAAGUUUUCUUAAACCCGGCACUGUGCGUACUCAGGAUUCGGGAAUCUCUUCAAUGGACUAUGUCACCAGCCGUGAAGCAAACAGCCCUAACUCGGAGGAGGCAGGCUGCCGACAGAGGGCGUCGCUGUCCUUCACUACGACAGAGCAUCCACCAGGUGUGUGUCGACAACCACAGGCUCAGCCCCUUCCUUCACAACCUUCUGAUGUUGUCCUUAAACCAAGAGGAUGUCGAUGGCCACCUCCCCGUGCUACUAAGAUUGUUGUGUCAGGAGAAACUCCAACACUAAGGUAUGCCAACUACUGCAGUACCUAUGUACCGGAAUGGGCUCGAAGAAACUGGUCCAGUGCUCCCCGUCCUCUCAUAUCCCGUCAAAGGAGUAGCAUGGAGGUCAGUUAUGAUACUGGUCCCGAUUGGGCUGCUUCCAUGGAGACGCUUAACAUGCAACGCUCCCUUUAUCCUCUAAUUCGUGGUCUUUAUGGACGACAUGGACGCGCCUCCUGUCCCAAAGCCACCACUUGCUUCGAUCAUCCCUUCCCAACAAUUCAUAUGGAGGAAGGAAGUGUGGAAGAUGAGCAUGAAAUUAGUAGAAGACGAAUGGAGGCAGAGUCAGCAGCAGUGGCAGUAGCGGACCAUCUUCGCAGGCGAAGAUUUGAAGCGCCAUGUUGGUGCGAACGUCCUCCUCUGCCACCACCACACACAUGUUCUCUACGUGGUGGAACUGGUAUACCGGCUCCUAUGUCAAUGUUAAGUCCCUAUUUUUACUGUAGCGGAUGCCCCUAUCGAUGCAUGGAGACAGGUUUGGUGCCAGUGCAUCAGUGCGACCUCGCUCAACGACACAUUCGACGUCGGCGAUUGAAAAGAAUGUCGUCAGAGCCAACGCCACCAACAUGGAUGGCGGCAGAGGAGGCUCCAGCGCCAGCGAAACGACGUCCACCACCACCCGAGCCUCUGACAGUAGUGACGUCCCCUCCUCCCCUACCCAAAAAGAAUGCUUCAAUAGCUCAUUUUCCACCCAUGCGAGUACCUUUAGCAGUGCCUCCACCGCAACCCGAACGGAUGUAUUCUGAGGCCAGGAUGAUAACGUCCACACCAAGGACGGAC